UCUGUUUGCUAAUACGCUCACUAGUGUAAUAAAAAAAGAAUGUCAUCUUGUGAUUACUGUCGGUGAUUUUACUUCGGCGUGAAAAAUUUGUGAUGUCUGACAGCGGUUCUUGUGUGCUGCGGGAUGUGGCUCUCUGCUCGCCAGUAGGAGAAAUCCUGCUGAGCGGCUGUGAGAAGGGAGUUCAUACCAUUAAUAUAAAACUGGGAACAGACAAAGAGGAAAGUGUACACCCUGUUGGCCAGUCAGAAAUGAGCCCUGAGUUGCAGCGCUGUGUUGACUGGCUUCAGUGCUACUUCAUGAAACCCGAGUCCAUCAGCACUCUUCCUUUGCCUGCCUUACACCAUCCGCUAAUGCAGAGUGACUCUUUUAAAGCACAUGUGCUGUGGACUCUGUUUAAGGAAGUGGGACUUGGUAAAACGGUCUCCUACAAGCAGCUUGCUGAAAUGAUCGGCAAUCCAAAAGCUGUGCGAGCAGUGGGUUCAGCCAUGAAGAAUAACCCGGUUCCCCUGAUAGUGCCGUGCCACCGGGUGCUGCGUAGUUCAGGGGACAGUGGCUUAUAUAUGGGAGGAAAGGGAGAUGAUAUUAAAGUUUGGUUGCUCACUCAUGAGAAAACAACAUUGGAGCUCAAUGCAUCAAAGAGUGAAAAAUCCAUCUGAUGGAUCCCAAAACCACUUCACGCUGCUUCUCAGUUUGUUCACAAACAUUUUGUUAAUUACGAUUUCUGAUUGAUUGGACAAAUUAUUUUCCACUUUAGCAAACAGACCCUUUGUUGUUAUCCAUAUAUCUUCUAUAGUUAAAGGAAUAUAUUGGAAUUGUGUUUUUGAUUAGUUGUUCUAGUUGUCAGUGUUACAUUGACAUUGUUAAAAUGUGAUUUGAAAAAUAAUUUUGUAUUUAUGCUGUUUAAGCCAAAGGAUUAUGGAAGAAAUUGUGAUUUUUUUUUUUUUUUAAAUAUCUUUUUUUUUUUAGCUGGCAUGCAUAAGUGAUAUUUU